CAGCCGUCGCCCGGCGUGCGUGCAACGUGCCCGCAGCCGCCAGGAGCGCAUCCAGAGAGAGGCCCGGCCCCGUCGAUAGUCGAGUGCGCGCACACACGCCAUCACACCGCUAAACACGCUAAAUUCGGGAGUUUUACAAAUAUUACAAUUGCAAGCGUGCUGGGGAUGACGUCGCCGCGACACCAUUAUUAAGUUUUUAUUAUUUUAAUACGAUUUACACAUCUUGCACUCGGCUGGCGGAGUUGUGUUUCGGGGUGGUUGGAAUAAAAUUGUGUGUGAGUGCGGCACAUUUUUGGGAUUGAUUGCAUCGCGUGCGUGAGAUGUGUUUGGCGCGCCCGCCGGUGAUCAUCCACAGCGAGAGCAGUUGCAGUCGCAGACACAUCGCUGAUUUGAUCGAUAGCGAGCGGACGAGCUAACAGAAGAAGCCGCAAGACUUGCCGCCGCCGCCGCCACCAUUCAGGGAAUGUUUUUAGAUUUAAUAAUUGUUGUAAAAUCAAUUUGAAAGUUGUUGAUUUGACUAGACUUCGCACACCUUCAUCACCCAAACAAAAAAAAGCAUCGAAAAGGAUGAAGAACAUGUCACGCAAAACAUACGCUUCCAGUUUCCACAUUUAAAACAAGAAAUAAAAAAAAAACCAAACGCGUUUUAAUGAAAAUUUAAAGUAGACAACUUAAUAAUACUAGCUUCCACGACGAGAGCACAAAAUUUAAUCCAUUUUACAUAAUAUAUAAAUAAUAAUAAUUAAGAAACCAAGUAGCGUUUUCGCAAAUAACAAAACAGAAUAGCUAUUUUUCUAUUUAUACUAGUUUAGACGUGAACUAGCGCGGAUUUUAAACAAAUGGUCGGCACGAUAGGCACACAAACAUCAGCCGGAAGCAAGAUGGCCGCCAUGGAUAUGCAAAACGCGCUGCCGUCGAUCUGUCCGAAUGGUAUUAACAUCCCGGAUGGAAAUGGUGUACAGGCAUGCUGUGUGGCUGAUUUCUAUAUUGGAAAGACAGUCUUCAUCACGGGCGGGACCGGAUUCAUGGGCAAGGUGCUCGUGGAGAAACUCCUGCGGGCCUGUCCGGGCGUACACAAGAUUUAUUUACUGAUACGGCCCAAACGCGGACAGAAUGCGCACGAUCGCCUCCAACAAUUGUUGUGUUCACCUUUGUUUGAUCAUGUACGCAAAGAAAGGCCGAACGAUCUAGGGAAAAUCUUACCCAUUGAAGGAGAUAUCACACAACCAUCGCUGGCGAUAAGUGCAAAAGAUCGUGAAAUGUUGUAUGACACCGUGAAUCUGGUCUUUCACAGCGCAGCGACUGUUAAAUUCGAUGAAAAGCUAAAACUGUCGGUUACCAUUAACAUGUUGGGUACCCAGAGAUUAGUAGAGCUCUGUAAAAGGAUGACUCAUCUCAAAGCAUUGGUGCAUGUUUCCACAGCGUAUUGCAACUGUGACCGUAAAGACAUUGACGAAGUCAUCUACCCACCACCAAUUGAUCCCGAAAAGAUCUCCUCACUCGUGGAUGUCCUGGAUGAAUCCUUAGUGGAUUCCAUCACGCCGCAGUUGAUUGGCAAUCGUCCGAAUACGUACACAUUCACCAAGGCGCUCGCUGAAAACUGGCUGAAGCAACACAAAGGCGACCUGCCGUUGGUCAUCGUACGACCAUCAAUUGUGCUAUCCAGUUAUUCGGAACCAGUGAAGGGCUGGGUGGACAACUGGAAUGGUCCGACUGGUAUCAUCGCCGCGACAGGGAAGGGCGUCUUUCGAUCGAUGUAUUGCAAGAUCGACAAGGCCGCCGAUUUCAUUCCCGUGGACAUGGUGAUUAAUCUUAUGCUUGUGUCCGCGUGGAAAGUGGCGGCGAAUCCUGCCCCGGGCAGCGGGGAUAUACCGGUGUAUAAUUGUGUGUCUGGAUUGAAGCGCGCCAUCACAUGGAAGAACUUUGUCGAUCUGUGUUUCGUCUAUUUGCGGAAGUAUCCCUUCUCGGAGGUGACGUGGUACCCCGGUGGGAGUGUUACUUCGUCCAGAGUGCAUAAUACUUUGUGUAGAUACUUUUUGCACUAUAUGCCGGCGUAUGUAUUGGAUGGUCUGUGUUGGAUAACGGGAAAAAAACGAAUUAUGGUUCAUGUGCAAUCUAAACUAACGAAAGCAGCGGCUUGCCUGGAGUACUUUACGACUCAGGAGUGGAAUUUCGACGACACCAAUGUGCGCCUCUUGAAUCAGUCGCUGAGCGAAAGCGAUCGGCGUGACUUUUGUUUUGAUGCAUCACUGGUCAACUGGCACGAGUUUAUCGAGAGUUAUGUCCUUGGCAUUCGAAGAUUUAUCUUUAAAGAAGAACUAACGACGAUUGAUAAAGCGCGUCGAAAUUUGCGUGCGUUAUACUGGCAGCAUCGUCUCGUACAACUAAUCGCAGUGAUGUCCUUGUGGCAUUUCCUUGCGCUGCGACACGCACCUCUUCGGCAAUUCUGGAGUCGAGCGCUGCGUGUAAUGGUACACAUUGUCCGCAUGCUGCCGUUUUAGGACACAAACCACGAUCCCAAUCAUGGCCACUCUGGAAGAAACUCUCAAUGGGAUUUAAACGAGUCGAAAGUCAAGAUGGCGGUGUUGAUAUUGCUUAAAUUAACAAGACAUCCACCUACCAAUGGUGGUGAUGCUUGUAUCGUUUGCGUCGUUGUUUGUAAGGGAAAAGUUAUAAAAAGACAUAAAAAAUCUGAGACACACAAGCAAAUUAGCAUGCUUUCUGAGUGUUUUUCGAACGCCGCUUGUUUUUACCUCGUUGAAUACUAUGUAAUUGAAAUAAUUUCCAAAAUGCGAAUUCAUUCCAUCUCGAAAUUAGCAGUAGACGGAUCUGGAUCCGUCGCGGAGCGCGAAACGCAGCCAGAGCCUUAGACAAUUUUUGUAUAAAAUGAAAACUAUGAAAUGAAAUGAAAAGCAAAUUGCAAUCGACACACACACACAUGUUGGAGACAUCAAUGCAAUGAUGCGUUUGUCGUUUAUUAUUGCUAGUAUUAGUUAAUUUUAUACUGGGUAUUAUAUUAAUUGCGCAUCGUCUACGUUUGUGUAAUACGCUUUUGAAAUCGUUUAUCACUUGUUAGGAAUGGAGAUUCGUGUCAGUUUCACACUCACAAUGUUGCCGAAUCUCCUUUGAUUUUGUUUACCUUUGAUUCUUCAAUACUUUCUUAUUGUUUGUAUACAGAAAACAUGAUGGAUUCUUUUAUUGCGAGUGCGCUGCUUAUUUUAUUUCGUACGUUACGUUUAUUUAUCGAUGACGAACGCUAGUCGUAUUUAACUAAUUAAUUAAUUAACUAAUUAAACUAAAUAAAUCUUAAAAACUAUGGUAAAGCGAGUGGAGUGCAGGGAGAUGAACAAAACAUUGAUGAUUAUGAUGAUGAUGAUGAUGAUGAUGGAUUUAAACCAAGCUCAAAUUAACGAUGACGAAGAACAUGAUUAGUCUUUCGUAAGUUUUAUUUAUAAUUAUUGAUCAUUAAGUAAACGAGGAGCGCCGAUGCGCGAUGGAGCGGAGUGCGGAGGGUGAAUAUGAUAAAUCGCUAGCGGUAUGUUUGUAAAUGUACUAUGUACUAUAACUAUGAUGAUAUAAAUAUAAAUACAUAUAAUGUAAUAUA